AGAUGGACACCUCUUCUUCUUCUGGACGAUCUCCGUCUCCUACUGGGACUGUCUUCUUACCCCCUCCUAUCAUGUGGAACAGUCUCUACAAGCAGGCAGAGAUGGAGAUUCAGUUCCUGAGGGAAGAGAAGAAGACCUGUACAGAGAAGGAAGCCCACAUGCUUGAGUUGAGGGGGAAGGAUCGAACGAUCCGAAAUCAGAAGAAGGAGAUGGACAGACUUCAAGUGUGCCUCUGGGAGGAGGAAAAGAAGAAGAGGAAUGGUGGAACGGAGAAGGACGAGAUGAUUGAACAACUACAGUCUGAGACAGACCAUCUCAGAGCCCUUUUGAAAGAUGAAAGGAGGAGAAGAAGAGUAGAAAGGGGUAUUAUGAAAGAGUGGAAGGCUGAGAUCCUGAGACUGAGGGAGGCAGAGAGCCACAGGGAGGCAGAGAGACAGAGGGAGGCAGAGAGACAGAGGGAGGCAGAGAGACAGAGGGAGGCAGAGAGACAGAGGGAGGCAGAGAGACAGAGGGAAGCAGAGAGAAAGAGAGAAGCAGAGAGACAGAGGGAGGCAGAGAGACAGAGGGAGGCAGAGAGAGCCACAGAAUGGGAGGAGAACCAGAGCAAAAUGCAGGAGAUCAACAGACUACAACAACUGCUGGAGCUGCUGAUGGUGGACCUACAACUGGCCCACGUAAGACAUGUCAUUGUUAUUAUUAAAAGGCAGUGUAUAUUCACCCGCCUGAAAAUGACUGGCGGCAGACAGCUGUAUGCUAAUCCAAUGUUAACUUUUAUUCCUUUCCUUAACGUUAACUCUUACCUUAACCUCACUGAAACUAUACCUAACCUUUACCAUAACCCAACCCUAGGUGCUAAACCUAACCUUCAUUUAUCUCAACCCCUACGCCUUUCUUCUGCCGGUUGAAUAUCCACUUCCUUAUUAACGUCAUUACUGUUGUUGUUGUUGAUAACUGUAUCUGUGCAGGUUGUAAAUAAUUGCAUUAGUGAAACAUCAUUUGUAGGAGUAAUUUCUACAAGCAUAAACAUCAGAGGCAACAUUGUUGUAACAUCACACAAAUUGCAAUGGGAAUUUCUCA